GCUUACUUGCCGCCAGAGGGGGGUUACGCGACACCUGGGAGAGAGAGAGGGUAGCAGAGAGAAAGGGUGAGCGUCCUGACGUUGCACGCAGUUUUCCGUUCACAUAUUACCAUCGAAAUGAAAUUACGGGCUCUAUAACUAUGCCCACCGUCAAACUCCCAGAAGUUUCUCGUUCUCACCCCCAAACCCGCCCGUCACACUAAAGUGACAGGUUAACGUGAGAGUCCCGGACGCUCUGCCUUAACAUCGCAGCAUACACCUAUGCACAAGAUGACACCGCAGGAUUCAACAUACAUACUCACUCGUACCAGUAUCCGUCCAUGCACUAGAGUCCUCCACAGCUGUUAACAAGUGGCUCGGUCUGCGCAUGCGGGUGGUCAGGUAGGUAGGUAGGUGUGUGUGUGUGUGUGUGUGUGUGUUUGUGUGUGUGUGUGUGAGAGAGAGAGAGAGAGAGAGGAUGGAUAGGGACGCUCGCGCCCACGCGGUCAUCGCUCAAUGGGAGCCUCGUUCCACACCACUACAGAAUACUCGAGUUUUCGAGGGCGCCCUUGAAAAAAAAAGAAGUGAUUAAUUUAGCCUAACUCAAAUUUUCGUUCGACAGGCCCUUGGACGAACCCUUGGAAAGGGUGCCCUUGAAACUCAGGUGCCUGGCAGGGCUGCUGACGUUUGCGGGGGCGCUUGCGUGUUGUGUCGCCCUUGGCAGUGGGUGUCCGCCUGCAGGCGGGCCCGUGGGACCGGGCAGGGCCGGUAGGGACCGGUGCUCGCCAUGGGGUAGGUCACGUGUAUAAGAGACCGACUGGGGGAUUUGGGGAUCAUGCAUUUCGAUUUUCGAAUUUCGAAAUCGACGUUUUGGCUCGCGCAGGCACGGCAGCGUAUGAGGGAAACUUGGAGCGCACACUUCCUGGCAGCCCUCUUCUACACCAUCGCCGCCAUAUCAAUGACGUCGUUGUGGUAUCACACAGCGUGCACCUGAGAAGGAUGGAGGGGACGCCCGCACUCAUGGAAGGGGAUGAUGGUCGUGAAGUAGUCGCCAACAGGAGGAAGUCGUCACCCACAGGAGGUUGCCUCCACAGGAGAAAACGCUCCUGGCGACUGCGUUGCUGGCUGUUGCCCGUCGCCUGCAGACGGUGAACGGGCUGCGGAGAGCCUUCGCAAGGGACAGGGCAAGAAGGGACUCCGUAGGCAGUUGAUGGACGUGCACGCCAUGCCUGCGUGAAUUGUGGGAUGGACCGUUCUUGUUGUAGAACACCGUCGUCGCAGGCAAGCGCCACGGUGGUGGUGGGUGACCGCCGGCACGUGCCAGGACCUCUGCAUCACGGGUGACGCCACCUAAGACUACUUCCUUGAGAAGGUGAGGAUGUCGAAGACAGCAUUCAGCAACAUUGUGGCCGCCUGCUCUCUUUCUUCGCCGCAAGCUCACACAUUACCCCGAGCUCGCCCAAGGGUCGCGCAGGUGGUCAUCGGCCUUGAUUUGCGCGUGUUUGACAUGUUCGUGGGUUAUCGGGGGAGUGUUUACAACCAGCGUGAGCUGCGCAAUUCAUUCGUCCCUGUUCAAGCACGGAGUCCGGCCAGUUGUUCAAGGCCGAUCCUGUCUUGCUUCCUGGCUGUGUGAGGACGAAGGGAUACAUCCCGGGUGAUAUUGCUUCGUCGGUCGUGGUUCCCUAUGGUUGCACUUGUCCAAUGGGGAGCCUGUCUUGCUCCGUGGCAGUGUGAGUACGACCGGAUGCAUCCUCGGCUAUAUGCUGCGAUUCGUGGCUUGUGGUUCCCUAUGGCGGUUGUGAUCAGGAUGGUGACGGCGCCCUCUUUGAUGUGCGGCAGAAGUGAACACGUGGAGUGCUGGAGAGGGAGUUCUGGACUGAGGGGGCUAGCUGGUAGGAUGGGAGUAUGGCAUAGCAGCAGCAGAGAUGGUGGCUCCGCUGCAGUCAGUCUUGCCCAAGUGAGGUAAAGUGGAUUGAUGGGGGGUUUUCCGAGUCGUUUCGGAAUUUUCUUAAUCAUGAACUUGUCAUAGACACGUCUGAGGUAGUUCCAAUUUCUCCGAGCCAAAGCUGGGUAAUGGCCCCGGUAUCUCAUGUCCUAAAAUUCCAUCCUUGGGCCAAUUAGAUUUUUCAGUAGUUCCUUGUCUCAUUCUCAUGCAAUUUUCUGAUGAAGUUUUCUGAAAGUACUCGUUAUGGGACACUGGGCCCGGUUCCCGGUUUGCUCCAAUUUGUGAGGAUAUGGUUGUAUCUAUGGGACGCUGGACCCGGUUUCCAGCAGGUGCUGCUCCCCACCAAUAGAUGGAGCUUGUUUCUUCAAAAAAAAAAAAAAAAAAAAGGAGGAUGCAAAAGAGGCCGCGCCGGCAUUGCAGGACUCUCUAUGCGCCCUCGUGCACGCUUAAGAAAUGGCGGCGAGAACGGGAAAUGCGCCCAACCACUGUGUUUCACGGACGUGUGAGGUGUAGUAGGUACUAGAGGAUUCUCGUGUAAUCGCCCGGGGGGUAGAGAGAGGUAGAUCGGAUGGCCUUGGUGGAGCGGGCACCCGCCGCCAUUUUUUGGUGUUCUGGUUUGUUUAAUGAACUUCGCAUGACCUU